GAUUGAUAACAACCAUCUAAAUAUUAAAUAGCUUCCCCUGUCAAGUAAUUAACAUAAACAACGGUCGUCCGAUUCGGCUUGCCCAAGUGUCAGAAUGACAUCCACAUAACCUAUCUUUCCCAACAGAGUAUCAGCUGCACUUGAUCAGGAAGCCCCAGUUCGAUUUAUUCACCCGCCUUCGCUUAACAUAACAAACAAAAUGAAGAAACCCAGACAGAACCAUUUGUUAGACAGGUUGCACCGAGGAGUCGUCAUCAGCUGCAUAGGAUUGACACUGUACGGGUCGUAUCUGCUUGGAGCGCGGGUCUACAGGUACUUCACAGUUAUCCGACCGGCCAUCAAGGAGGCGGAGCUUAAGCGGAUCGAGGAGCAAUCCUCGCUAGAUAAGGCCCCCGAGCUGAAAGCGUAGAUUUAGUUCUCGAUUUGUAACUAGUUGACAUUUUAUUGUAUAUAAAAGUUAGUGUAUUAUGUAAAA